AUGAGAAUAGAAGAGCUGCAAAGUAGUCUAGAGGCGCAAGAGUUGCGUUUGACUGAAAGAACUUCUGAGAGGGAAGUUGAGCAGGCUCUGAAGGCUUCUUUUGUCAAGAAGGACCAGAAGCUGAAAAAACAUGGUAGGUCGCAGAAGUCAGAAGUCUUAUAUUCUGAUGAGGAGAAACAUCAGAAGGGAAAGGAGAAGUAUGACAAGAGAAUGGUUCAGUGUUACUGUUGUAAUAGGUUUGGCCACUUUGCUAAAGAUUGUUGGUCAAACAAAGAAGAAGCAAAAAUAGCCAGAGGAGAUUCUGAUGAUGAACCUGUGCUAUUAAUGGCUUAUGAAUCUGAUGUGGAACCUGUGAAAUCAGAAGAUGACUUUGAAGAUGCUGAAGAAGAGUCAGAAUUUGAGGUUUCUGAAGAUGAGUCAGAGUUAGAAGAUGACUCUGAAGCUGAAGACAAGUCAGAAUCCGAAGGUGAUUCUGAGUCUGAAGGAGAAUCAGAAGAUGAGUCAGAAUCUGAAGAAGAUUCUGCUUCUGAUGAUGAGUCAGAACUUGAAAGUGGAACUUCUGAAGGCGGAGCUUCUGAAGGUAGUCCAGCUUCUGACGGUGGUCAUGAUUCUGAAAGAAAAGAUUAUGAAGUUGGAACUUCUGAAGGCAGAGCUUCUGAAGGCGAUCCAACUUCUAAAGGUGGAACUUCUGGUGGUAAUCAAACUUCUGAAGAAAAUCCAGAAGGAGAUAUGGUUCCAGAAUCAGAAGGAGAUUCUGAACUAUUGGGUAUUGAAGAAGCACUCAAGAAGAAGGAGAAAUCUGCAUUUCUAAAUGGAGUAUCAGAAGUUGCACACUAUAGCAACCAGAAGAAACUUGCAGAUGUUAUGAUGAAGGAUGUCAAGACUGAACACCUUAUCCGUUUGAGGGAUGGAGUUGGUGUUGUAGAUUUUGGCUAG